UGUAUGAAUGAAUAGGGCAUUACUCAAAUCUUCUUCUACUGUCCCUUUCAAAGUAAACAAUGCAUUCUUGAUUUAAUUUAGUUAUUUAUCUACCAAGUUGGAUCUUAAGGGUCGCAGAGGUUUUUAACAUUCUUCUACUAAAGAUGUUCAUCACACUAAAAUCCUUCAAUUUUAGUUUAAACUGAUCAUAGGUAAUUUCAGCCAACGUCAUCACCAGGGUUUGAUGUUCUCUUAUGGCGUUGAUGCAGACAUUUUUUUACAGAUAGACAUAUCUCCUUCCUGAAUAAUAUGUUGACUGAACAUUUCCAUAUUUGUCUAUGAUAGUUUGAACAGAUAAACACACCAUUUUCAGGCAUCUGGAAAUUGGACCCAAAGAAGAAUCAUUAUCAUUUUCAUGCAUUUUCUGAUUUCAUUUGAUUUCGUUAUAUUGUCACAAAAUGAAACAGUAAUUUGUAGUUUUCAAUAGCUAACAAAGCUAUAAUAUCAUCAAACACGAAUGUUUGUCUGUGCAAACUGAAGUUCAAAAUUACAGAUUUUCUUUUUAGUUAUUCUGGAAUUUGACAGACUAACUAACCAAAUGUGCUGCUGGGUAAGUACAUUUUGUUAAACCUACUUGUCCUAAAACCGGAAGAGUUUAGUCUGAUUUACUUUCCAAACUGAGAAAAAACUGCGGUAUGUAAACAUAUGAUUUCAGAUGUCAUGGGUUCCCAUUUCUUUCUUUAAUAGUUCAUCGUCAUUUACCAUAAAAUCUUGUUAGUGUUUUCGGUGUAGUCUGAUAGAAACUGAUAAAAUAAUUGUUUAAAGAAAAAAAAUAAUAAAAAAAUCGUAUAUCUUUAUUUUGAAAGGGGUACAGGAAACGCAUCACGUUAUUAAAAACACAAACCGGAAAURUGUUUUUAGCUUAAAGCUAACGUCAACUACGUGGUUCGUUUGCUGUUAAACGGCUAAAUAUAAGUGUUUUCUUGUUAACGAGUUGGUCUUUCAAACUGUAUUUAUAAGGAAAUAGGCCCGGUAAACUCGCUGCCAGACAGAGAGCUGUCUUCCUGCUCUGGGAUCACUCCGCCGCCUUCGCUGCGCUCUCCGGCCUCGUUUCCAGCCUCAGUCUGUGGAUGAGCCUGGCCAGUCGCCGCCUUCCUAGAUGAAGAUGUCCCUGGCUCAGCGAGUCUUCCUCUCCUGGAUCUUCGCCUUGGUCUUCCUCAUCAUGCUUGCCCUCAAGCUGGACUCCAAAAUCCAAUGGAGCUGGUUCCUGAUCUUCCUCCCCGUCUGGACCUUUGACACCAUCCUCAUCCUCAUGCAGAUCGUGGAGAUGGCGGGUCGCUGCAAGCCGGACUUUGACCCCAGGGACGAGGAGAAGAGCGUGAAGARGAGGCUGUGGUACCUGACGGCCCUGCUCCUCAAGCUGGCCUUCUGUCUGACUCUGUGCUCCCGGCUGGAGAAGCUGACGGACAUCUGGGUCAGUGUGGUGUGUGUCCCACUUUGGGUGCUGCUGGGUGGAGCGCUGCUGGAACUGGGAUACARUGUUUUCCACUACAGGAGGGACUGAACGAGGGGAGAAACCCUUACAAAACGGACACAUUGUUAUUUUUUAGAUAUAUUUACCUCUUAACUGAGGAUGCACAGUUUUAGUUAUUAUUUUAAAACCUGCUGCUCUUCAGUUGUACGGGACUGGACACUAAAGAUUGUUGUUGGUUGCACCAUAACGAGAGAAAACAUUGGUAUCCUUUUCUCUCCACAGUAGGAGUUCGUUGUCAUUGCCUGACUAAAUUUGCACUUUGCUUUCCAUCUGACWACUUCACAUCAAUUUCAACAUGUCUGGGAUUGUUGAAUUAAAUCCAGCCCCCUUUUAAUUUUUACUCAUAAUGCCACUUUUUAACAAUUUUAAAGUAAAAUAAAAAAAUAGAGACUUAAACUGGUUUAAACGUCAACAUCAUUUAUUAAUUUUUACUGCACUUUGUCAGAGGUUUUAUGCCAUUUUGUUCUCCAAGGAGAUAAAAGUCAAUAGUUAUCUGGAUGGAUUAAAUAUUAUUUACAUGUUGGCUGUAGCCGGUAAGGACAGAUUUACAAAUGUAUUCAUAAACUUUGAACUGUAUUUUGUCACAUUAUCACCACAGGUGUCAAUUCAUUUCAUGGGGAUGUCAGGUGAUAGAGUAGUGCAGCGAAUCAUGCAGAAUCUUAAAAGUGGAAAGGAAAAAAAAUAUGAUUCUUAUCUUAUUUAAGAAUAAAACAUAAAUGAAUGUGUGGAGUUUGUUUUUGGGCACUUGAGUAAACAUUUUAGCYAUUUUUUUCAUUUCGAUAGCAGCUGCCGGUGUUUUGGGGGAAUGUCUCUUUACUGAAAUAUUCAGCCCCAAAUAUUUAUUCCCAAUAACUCUGACCGGUUUCYUUGUCUCUGACUCUCCCACCUGAGCGGUGAAUCUCUGCAGCCACUCCAGAGACGUCUUGAUAUCUUGACUGCUUCCUGAUUUUUGCAUGUUUCUUUCUUUAUGUAUGACAUUCUUUUCAAAUUUGUUUGUAAAAGAAAAAAGUGCCUUAUGUUUGUCUAUCAUUAAAUUCCUUAAACAUUGAA